AUGGAUUUUUUGCUCCAAUUCGAAAAUGAUCAGCUUGCCUUGCAUGAUCAUCAUUUUCGACUCCUUUGUGAAAUCCAGAAGUUGGUGGCUGAUUUUGGGAAAAAAUAUCGAAAAACCGUAUCUAGUUUUGUUCCCAAAAAGAAGGUAAAUUCUUCAAUGGAAUCAGAGCUUACCUACAAUACGGUUCUCACCGACACUCUAGCUCCCUUCCUCGAGAUGGGAAUGGCGUUUGAAAAUUAUGGAGCAGAGUUGCAAAAAUCUGUGAUUUUGCCCCUUAAGGCGGAGUAUGAUAGGGAACGCAAAGUGGCUGACAAAGUUACCACUGACUAUACGAAAUACAACACUCAAAGAGAAAGAGAAAAAAGACGUCUCGAGGAUACGUGGAGGGCCCAUGUGAAUGCACUUAAGGAAAAACAAAAGGCGGAAACUAUGAACACUCAAGCCCAAGGAGAUCCUAACAUUACUCCUGAAGAGAGGGAAAAGGUUCGUCUGACGUAA